AUGUCGCAAACCAAGACGGCCGUCGCAGGACACUACAAGUCUCCCGAGCGCGAGCUCGGCGCCGCCAAGGCCCGCUCGCCCUCGCCCCAAGCCCCCGAUUCGCGUGCCGCCUCUCUCGCGCCUCCGUCCCCCAAGUCCAUCGCCGCCCGUCUCGCCUCCCCUCAGCCAAAUUCCUCCUCUCGCGCGACCCCUGCGCCUGAAAAGACACCCGUAUCCUCUCGUGCCACGCCCGCACCCGCAGAGUCGCAAUCAGAUGAUGAGGUUGACGAGAAGAAUGUUAUAGACUUCGAAACGUUCACCCAAAUCCUUGAUCUCGAUGAAGAUGACACGCAUGACUUCUCCCUCGGCAUGGCCGAGGCGUACUUUGCCCAAGCCAGUACUACGUUCGUGGAUAUGGAUAACGCUUUUGAAAGCAAGGAUCUCGCGAAGCUCUCCUCGCUCGGGCAUUUCCUCAAGGGCUCGUCCGCCGCUCUGGGCGUCUCCGCCGUCCAGGCCUCCUGCGAAGACAUCCAACACUACGGCGCCCUCCGUGACGAACAGAACGGCAAGGACCUCACAGAGGCCGACGCGCUCGCGAAGAUCGGGCCGCUGUUGAAGCGGGUGAAGCGCGAGUAUGCCGUCGCCGAGCGGUGGCUACAGAACUGGUACAAGGAGCACGUCGUGCCCGAGGUCUGAGCCCGCCGCUCCCGGGGGCGGUCGUCGUCGUGCAGUGAGCCUGAGCCGCGCUGACUGGGGAGAGCGGGGUGGAUGUUGACGUUGACGCCGCCGCGGCUCCCCGCGCAGGUCUACCCGCCUGGUGCUGGUGCGCGCGCGGCGCGUGGGACACUGGCGGCGGCGGACUGCAGCGGGGGCGCGCGCACGUUUCCAGCAGGCACAGACACGGGCACGCACGCACUGCUUCCUCCUCGGGACGCGCAUUGGAGACGGGACGGAUUCGGGCGGCGGACGAAGAAGACAUCGUGUAGUCGUCGUGGUGUAUGUUAUUUCGUGGCGUGGCGUCUCGAGUGCGGUUUACCCCUUCUCGGCAUCUAAGUAUUAGUUGGGCGCACACGCCUCUCUUUGCAGUACUCUUCCGCUUGUCGUCGCAGACUUGGCUAUCCCAUCAUGCUUUCCGCUUUCUCAG